AUGUCUCGGCCUCGAACGUGCAGCAUGGCUCGAGCAAUCGCAGCGCUCCUCACAUGCCAAAUGGCCGGCGCCAUCACGCUGACGACGCGCGGCAGGGUCGCGGGCAUGACUGCCGUCGAUCUGCACCGGUUUUUGGCGACGCCGGCGAACUGGCCCGACGUCGUCGCCUCGUCCGUCGGCGUCGAAGGUCCGACGACGCAAAAGCCGCUCACGCGCGGCGCGUCCGUCGACGAGCUCUUCGGGCUGCCGCCGAUCCUGCCGCUGAGCGUCACGUGGACCUGCGCGGCGGCCGACGAGCGCUCGGGCGUGCUCGACGUGCGGUCGCCGGACGGACUGGAGGGCGUCGCGAGCGACUGCCGCAUGCUCUUCGACGUGCGCGACGACGCCGACGGCGCCGUCGUGGACCUCGAGAUGUCCUACGAGCCGGCGGGCCUGCUGGCGACGCUCGCGGCGCCCGUGCUGGUGGUGGACAACUUCUUGGCGCUGAACGUGCUGUUGCAAUCGGCCGUCGAUACGACGCCGAAGAUCGACAAGUUCCGCGACCUCAUGGGCGCGCUCUACGGCGUGGCCGGCGUCGCGCACGCGGCGGACUGCCUCGCCGGGCCCAGCGACCUUCUGACGCUCGCGGGCGCGCCGCCCUUCUACGAGCUGCCGGCCCUGGGCCAGGCCUUCGCCCUGCUCUGGUGCCUGAGCGGGCCCGCGGCCUACGCCUGCGCCCGGGUCGGCGGCCGCGUCGCCGACGCGGGGCUCGUGCAGUACGGCGCCAUCGAGUGCGCGGGCGCCGGCGCGGCGGCCGCGGCCUACGGCGGCGCCUCGCUGCCGAACGCGCUCGCCGUCCAGGCCGUCGUCGCGGCCGCGUGGGUCUUCUCGAACAGCCGAGACGACGCGUAA